UUGACCUAAUUUUGUUUUGUGUAGCUGUCAAAACACAGUUAUGUCAAUUUAGUAGACGUCAAUGUGAGAACUGUCAAAAUUGAAAAUGUCAGUCAAGUCAAUGUUCCGUACCAUUAUUUUAGUCUAAUAGUAUGUAAGAAUUUUGUCAAUGUAAAAAAAAAAAAGUUCAAACUAUUAAAUUACAACAAGAAAAAAAGAAAAUGAAUACAUGAUAGGUCAUAGGUUACGGUGUAAUGAGUUCUCCAUCCUGAGAUUUAGUAAUAAUUUGGAACUGAGCUAAUACGCAAUGUUUCGCUUUCCGUAAAAAUAACCCAUACGUGAUUUCCAGUAUUCACUCCGAAUAAACGUGUUUAGAAAACUGCUUCCACAUUUCAGGAUUUAUUACUGUGGUGAACCACAACCAGAGCGCAUGUGCACAACUCGCUGUACCUGCGUACGCAGAGCUGGGGCAGCCGUCGCCCUUUCUCCGCAGACGGCCAACCGCAGUGCACGUAUUCGUUGAGGGUUUAAGCGAGAGCGGAUUUGAGAGCAGGAGUCAGCCAGUGGUUAGAUCAUCGUUAGUCCUAGAUAUUAGAUAGUUAGGCUACGCUUGCUUUUCUACGUGUGACUUAACCCGCUACGUCCUUUCCUUCAACCGUGAGAGUGUAUGUUUCAGACGAGUUAGGUAUGAAGAGAACGGAUCAGCGGCAGAACAAAGGAAACACCAUGUCACGAAGCGAAUCCACGCGCGGUCAGCCGCCGCACACCGCACACACCACUCGGUCUACCCGACAGCGUCAGCGUAGACUCCAACCCAAUGCUCACCAUAUAUCGGUAACGCCCUAGCCUCUGCGCCUAGCGUCGUGUCUCUCGAUCAAAACUGUUCCUCGGACGAUCGAAGGACAGGGCGUCAACCAUGCUCAGCAAUGCACGACACAGUAAAUUCAGCGCCACUUCACUCGCUGUCACAGUCGACGUCGCAUGAUCCCCGCGACGCAUGUCUGGAGUGCAAUCCAUCGGAGUGCUACGAUAUGCUAUGCUCUGAUCGCUUGCUUUAAGACGAAUUAUCAAAUUGUCGUGAAUAUCAAUCCAUAGAAAACACAAAAGCCAAGGACCCGAUUUGAACCCUCUCAUAGUUCUAUUAAAUUAGCCAGCCAUCAGGUUGUAGCUAGCUUAGCUUUCAUAUCAGUGCCGUCGAGUUGGGAGAAUAUGGCACGUCAGUCGUCAGUGUACAUGGGGAACCACGCAAGUAUACCGUCAUCCGUGACUCCAGGACUUCGUUACAAAAACAUGGGCAAGUCAGGAUUGCGAGUGCCCAACAUCGGCCUCAGCCUGUGGACUAUGCUCAACGAAGAUGUCGCUGAAGACCUCGUCAUGACAGCUCUCGAGAGUGGAAUCAACUUAAUUGAUUUAUCUAAAGCUCAUAACGCACAGGGUGAAGCAGAAUUGGGCAGAAUACUGAAGAAAAGAAACGUUAAACGAUCCAGUAUUAUUAUUACAACCAAAAUCUAUUGGAGUACUAAGUGCGAAGAAAGAGGUCAAUCUCGAAAACAUAUAAUAGAAAGCGUGAAGGAGUCAUUGGGGAGGCUCCAGCUAGAGUACAUAGACUUAGUUCUUGUACAUAAAGUGGAUCCAGUAUGUCCGAUGGAAGAAUUGGUCCGAACAAUGAACUACAUCAUAAACCAAGGAUAUGCGAUGUAUUGGGGCACAGCGCGCUGGACUCCAACCGAGAUUAUGGACGCGUACUCUAAGUGUCGAUCUUUCAAUUGCUGUACGCCGGUCGCCGAGCAGACAGAGUACCAUAUGUUCUGUCGUGAAAAGACCGAACUGUAUAUGCCAGAUGUGUAUCGUAUGAUUGGAGUGGGAACUAUGGUGUGGUCUGCACUAAGUACUGAUAAGGGUCUGAACCAUGAGGAGGUGGCACAGUUAUUUGCCAAAUCUCGCUUCAACCGCAAAUACAGCACAUUCAGCUGGUGGGAGGAGGAACUCGUUGCUAACAAUGAACUCGAAAACAAUGAAUCUACAGUAGCCGAAGAGUCACGAAGUUUCAAGGACAAACUGAAAGCUCUCUCCGACAUAGCCAAUGCCUUAAAUUGCUCGAUAAGGCAGUUGUCGGUGGCGUGGUGUCUUAAAAAUGAAAAUAUAAACUGCUUACUUCUAGGCGCUACAAGUGUCGAACAAUUCAAAGAAAAUAUACACGCACUGCAGAUCGUGCCUCAAUUGUCUAAGGCGGUGAUUUUGGACAUCGAAAAAAUUCUGGCAAACAAACCACAGCGACCCCCGAUUAUCUCAACUCUGACGAUGCGAAACCAACAGAACGCCAGACUAGACGCUGCUGAUGGCACAGAGACGCCGAAAGAAGAUGACGUGGAAGCCAACGUUUCGACCCCCGAGAAGGAGGAAGUAGUCAGGGGUGCGUUUCAAUGACGUUGGUGGAAACGAAGCUCUGACACGGCUUCCAAGUCUAAGGACUCGCUACAAGACCCAAAACCAAAGUUCUUUUUGAACAAUGCUGGCGCGGUGAUACGGCGCGAAGAACGUGAUGGCGUGACGUCCGAUACAGUAGUAUCUGUAUCUUCUCUGAAAGGCAAACAACCAGCAUCGGGAGGCAGCAAGGGUAAGAAGUCUAAGUCGGAACCCUCCCAGUCACGUUCUGGCUCGCUGCAGCGCUCCACGUCAGGGCAAUUGGCGAGCUCCCGAGACCGUAAAAUGUCUAGGUUCAAUCUGGGAUCACCUGCUGAUGUAUAAAGUAUGAAAACACAUGAGGGUCAUGAAUCUUUGUAAUUAUUUCACUCAAGGACAAAAACUGCCAUCGUUUAUCACAAAUUAGUUAGAGGUAGCACUAUAUAGAAGUCAAUAUUAAUAUGACUAUAGACUAUAGUCUAUUUAACAUAUUAGUGUUUUAUCUUUUAUCCUACCUGUUAUGUAACCUACCUAAUUAUGUUUAAGUAUAUUUUGACGGAAGUAAUGCAUACUAUUUUAGUAUAGUAAGUAUAUAGUAUGUGUAUGUAGCGCACUGUGUAUAUAUUUUUUUUAGAAAUUGUUUAGAAAGUUCUAGACAACACAUUCACUAAAUAUUAUGGUAUAAAGUGUCUAUUUUAGCUAUAUUAAGGUCAAAUAAACCUUUGCGCACUGUCUCACAUAUCAAUUGUUAUAACAAUGUGAUUCUAAAUAUAAAUUUAAAAGUCAAGCUAAAUGAAAGAGAUAAUUGACAGAUUUAAUUUAAGUUCGCUUACCAUACCAUACGCUCUGUUGUUUGACUAAACUAAAUAAUUCAAUCAGCCAAAUGUAUAAUCAAAUAAUCAAAAUGUAUAAUAUAAUAUAGUGUUAAUCAAUU